AUGCGCGUGUACACCCCCCUGUUGUUUGCCGUCGCAGCUAUUUCCUUUGUGAUCAGUGCUGCGAUUACGAUUGACACCGAGCAGACCGAAGACUCGACGGUGACUAGCGGUGCAAUCGCUGACAAGCGUUUCCUGGGCGUUCUCAAGGAGGUGGAAUGGACAGAGAUCGUCAAGGAGUUGGUUGAAAACUUGAAAGAAGUGCACAAGGUUCGAGAGCUUUUCGACAGGUGGUGCGUGGAAGAUGAUACGUCCGGAAGGAACAGGAAGAAGAUCAAAAGGGUGAACAGAGACCCGAGGAUUCGCGCUCUCCGCAGGCUGUACCAGAGACUAAAGGCCCGCCGAGGUCGUCGAAACCUGAGAGAAGCGAGUGUAGAUUGUGGGUUCCAGCAAGUUGUAUAA